AUGAGGGCAUUGUUGCAUACAGUUAGUGGAAACUCAGAUGCUGUCAUACUGAGAAAGGACUACACAUUUUUAAUUGCCAUGAUGGAUCAGUUUUGUUUGAAGUGCUCUGAAACAUCAUACUUCUUUGAGGUACCCAACAAAGCAGCCUGUAAGCAUCUAUGGAAGUGCUGUGUUGAAUAUCAUACAUUUUUCAGAUUGCCUGAAACUGAUGAGUAUUCAAAUUCUAUGUCCCGAAAACUUAGCAAGUUGGGAUCUCUAGGGUACAGACACCGAUACAGUGGUAAGACUGCAUUUCAACUAAACAGAGACCAGUCCAUUGAACUUCCACGACCUGAUCAGAAUGUGCAGAGAACUCGCAGUAAAACCUACCCUAAAAGGAUGCUUCACUCUCAGCAAUCAGGAUCAAACAGUGUCAGUUGCAGUGUUAUAAAAACAGACAACACGGAAUAUGAUGGCCCCACCAAAAUUAUUGCGCCUUCACCAGUGAAAAGCUCCAGGGUAACUAAACUGGAUAGUAGUCCAGCCAUACAGAACAGAACCAAUGCACCAUGGAGGAAAAUGGUCCCCAGAGUUGGGAGCCUACUGCCUUCAAUAAAGGCUUUUCCAUUGAUGACCCUACCUCUAUUAUUUGCCUUUUCAAGCAGCAGCACUAAAAAGCCUACAGAUACAACACAGGCAGCAGAGGAAAAGCAAAACAAUGGCGAAGAUAUAGAUCCAAAGCAACAUAGAAGAAGGUCACGUCAAGAGAAUGAGAUGGUGGACUCAGCUCCUCAAUGGGAACAAGUGCUGAGACGGCAAAAAGAAAGAUCAUUAGCUGACCCCAACAACAGACGUUCAAAGCACAGAUCACGAUCGAGGAGCCCAGACGUACAAGCAAAGGAAGAAUUGUGGAAACACAUUCAGCGGGAACUGGUAGAUCCAAUUGGUUUAACAGAAGAAGAGCUGAAAGAGAUACCAUACACCAAAGUAGAGACUCAAGGUAACCCGAUACGAAUCAGGCAUUCACAUUCACCCCGAAGCUUUCGACAGUACCGCCGCUCUCAGUGUUCUGAUGGUGAACGAUCUGUUCUGUCAGAAGUAAACUCUCGAACUGAUCUUGUGCCACCACUGCCUGUGACCCGUGCCUCAGAUGUUCAGGGCCCUCAUGGAUCAUCUGCACCAUUGACUCAAAAGCGAAGUAAACCUGAAGGAAGUACAACAGAAAGAAAGAUGCAGACUUCAAGUGAUAACUGGGAUUCAAAAUACAAUGUUAAAACUUCUAGAACUAUACAGACAUCGAGAAUAAAGAACGAGAGCUGAUUAUCUUUAAAUUGUCAACUGAAGAAAUUGUUGCCCAUGGUGUACGGAGGACUACAUUUGCCAUAAUAACAUUGCCUUGAGAGAAAACUUGUUUUGACACUGGUUUAUAUAAUACAUCCUAUUUCUGGAUUUUAUACUGAUCUCAAAUAUAUUGACAACAGACUUUGGGACCAAGUACCUCCUUUUUUUAAAUAUAUUUUCUAAAUACAGCAAUAGAAGACUUUUCUAUACUUCUGUUUGUACUGAAAUUUUCAUUACUGAUUAUCAAUACACUUGAACAAAUGUAAAGCAUACAAAUUUAUUUAACACUGGAAUGUUUAUCUAUUGCAUUCAAUGCUUUCUAUACAAUGCUCUCAUGACAUUGCUCUCAAUUGAAUGCACCAGGUAAAAAUUGUAUUUCCUCUUAUAAAUGAAUGGCGCGUGCAGUACUUGUAUGUCUCAGUACAUCUUACUA